AUGGAGAAGAUCAGUCAACAAAGAGAAGGGUUUGCGAUCCUCGUUAAGCGUACUCUUUCGUGGGUCACUUAUUCGAAAAGGCCUCUAACCACUCUGGAGCUUCGGCAUGCCCUUGCUGUGGAGGUCGGCGAAUCAGAUCUAGACCUAGAGAAUCUCCCCGAUAUCGAGCUCAUAUUUUCAGUAUGCGCUGGUCUGAUCACUGUCAACAAAGAGAGUGGCGAUAUCCGCUUGGUACACUUUACAACACAGGAGUAUUUUGAAUGGAGCGGACGUACCUGGUUCCCUCAUGCCCAUGAAGACAUCACAGCUACGUGUGUGAAGUACUUAUCCUUCAAUUGUUUCGAAUCUGGCUUUCUUUCAACGCAAGAGGAGUUCCAAGAUCGAUUGCACUCAAAUGCCCUUUACGAAUAUGCUUCAAAAAACUGGGGAAGUCAUGCUCGAGAGGCUUUGGAGCAGCCGAGGGAUUUGAUUUUGAGAUUCCUCGAAAGUCAGUCUUAUGUAUCCUCCUCCAGCCAAGCGGUGAUUCCUCCUAGAAGCUAUAUACCAGCGCGAGCUUAUUAUACGCAAAUUUCUCGGCAAAUGACAGCACUUCAUCUGACAGCUUACUUCGGUUUGAAAAGCCUACCCCAUAUACUCCUCGAACAUGGACACGAUGGAAAUGCGACGGACUGCAAAGGACUAACUCCAGUAACAUAUGCCGCGGCGGAGGGGCACGCCUCGGUAGUUGAUGUGUUUUCAACAGCUGGAGUCUUUACGGACCCGAAAGAUGAGAACAGACAAACGCCACUUUUUUGGGCUUCCAUGAAAGGAUACGAAGCAGUAGUGCAGCAGCUUCUUGACAUGAGAAAUGUUGAUCCAGACUGUGCAGAUAGGUUUGGAAGGACGCCACUGUUCAUUGCGGUCCAACGAGGACACGAGACGAUCGCCAGGUGCUUGCUCAAGGAGGCAGUUAAUCCAGACGCAAAACAUGAGAAUAGCGGGGACCGUCAUGACCCCAUGAGCAAUCGGACAGCUCUAUCGGUUGCAGCCGAAGUUGGGCUAGCGAGCAUCGUCAAGCUUCUGCUAGAGACUGGGAUGGUCGAUACAAACUCGAAGGAUCGUUUCUUGCAGACGCCACUCUCGCACGCUGCCGAAAGAUGGCAUGAGUCUGUCGUCAAGAUAUUGCUCGAGAAUGGAGCUGAUCCAUAUUUGGAGGCCAUUACCAAAGAUAUGGACGGACGAAUGCCACUGACCUUUGCAGCUGAGAAUGACCAUGAGAAAGUAGUCAAGCUGCUGCUAGACAGAGGUGUUCAUCCAGACUCGAAGUCCGAUACAGCUGACAGCAGUGGCCGCACGCCACUGCUGCGGGCGGUCUCAAAUGGACAUGAGGCGGUCGUCAGAAUAUUGAUUCAGAGGUGA